CUCGUGGGUGGUUUUUACCUAUAGGGAACCUGGGGCUGGGGGUAAAUGGCAAUGGUAUGCCCGAAGGCCGAAGCUCCCGAUCGAGGCCUUCGCUGCCCACGUUUCUCCGAUUCAUUCAUUCAUUCAUUUGCGCUGCUUGCUCUUCCCUAACGCAGCCUUUCCAUGGCGUUCGGUGUUUAUCCUGCUGUCUGUCUGAUUUUGCGUGGAGGGGUUUCUGGAAGAAGUGGUGAUUUAUUUGGCUGUUGAUUGUAACUUGGGAUUAAUUUUAACAGUAGGGCACAACAAACAGAGCGAGGUGAUUUAUAUUUGCAGAUGGCUGACGUAGCAAAGGAUCUAACGGCGGGGAGUUUUGGUGGCGCGGCGCAGUUGGUAUGCGGCCACCCUUUCGACACCAUAAAGGUGAAGCUUCAAAGCGCGCCGGUUCCAUCCAGUGGCCAACCACCCAAAUACGCCGGGGCCAUAGAUGCCGUUAAACAGACACUAGCUUCUGACGGGGCGAGGGGUUUGUACAAAGGCAUGGGAGCUCCACUCGCAACAGUCGCGGCCUUAAAUGCGGUGAUCUUCACAGUCCGAGGCCAGAUAGAGUCGCAUUUGAGGUCUUCCCCGGGCGCUCCUCUUACAGUCGGCCAGCAAGUCGUUUGCGGCGCCGGAGCUGGUGCGGCCGUUUCGUUUUUGGCAUGCCCGACAGAGUUGAUAAAGUGCAGAUUACAAGCUCAGAGUGCAACGGCAACGUACGCCGGGCCGAUGGACGUGGCGAGACACGUGAUUCGAUCAGAGGGCGGCGUUCUGGGUCUGUUCAAGGGAUUGGUCCCGACAUUGGCUCGUGAAGUUCCGGGAAACGCGAUUAUGUUCGGAAUUUACGAAGCGCUGAAGCAGUACUACGCAGGCGGGCAGGAUACUUCGCGUUUAGGAAGAGGGUCGCUGAUAAUGGCGGGAGGUAUUGCUGGGGCAUCGUUUUGGGCAUUAGUUUAUCCAACUGACGUCGUAAAAAGCAUUGUGCAGGUCGACGACUACAAGAAUCCGAAGUUUUCGGGCACGAUCGACGCGUUCAAAAAGAUCGUGAAGGUCGAAGGGCGUAAAGGGCUUUACAAGGGGUUCGGACCAGCGAUGGCCCGGAGCGUUCCGGCGAAUGCUGCUUGCUUCUUGGUGUACGAGGUAUGUAGGUCUAGUUUAGGAUGAUUCUUGGAUAUUCUAUGAUCUGCCAUUGUUAGAACUUGCUGAAUGAAUGAAUUUGGGACAGUUUGGGGAUCUGGCAAAGUUAUCAGUUUUCUUACAGGCCUGUUUUGGAUUUAUUUAUGUAUGAAGUAGCAAAUUCAUUUGUAAAUGAAAAUGUUAGUAGGUUGCACUAGCUUACGUAUGUUUGUUGGUUUAGCUAAAGAUAUUGAAUUUUGUUUGAUUUGAUCA